AUGGAUCAUCUCUCAGAAGCUCCCCACAGGAGAGACAGCCCCUGUAAGGGGCUCCUGAUCACAGCCUCCAUCUUCAGCUGCUGGAUGCAGCCGAUGUCUGCUCAAGAUGCUCCCAUCACGGUUGUGUCAAUCCCACCCUAUGGGAUGGUGGGCAGCAGAGUCAUCCUGUCCAUCCAGGGCUUCUCCAAGAUUGCUUGCAGAUAUACCUGGUACCGAAAGUCAGCAGAGCAUUCCAACCAGAUCAUCAGCUAUCACCUCCAGAGCAAGUUGCAGACCCCAGAAAACAGCCGGGAGGUCAUAUUCCCCAAUGGCAGCCUGCUCAUCCCCAACCUCACCCUCAGUGACAACGAUGAGUACAUCGUGCAAGUUGUUCACUCGGAAUGUCAAGUCACAACCAUCCGCGUGCAUUUACAGGUGUACGCUCUGCGUUCCAGAGGAAGUAUCACACCUAGUAUUUUUAUUGGAGCUGUGGUUCAGGUGGUUUUGAUUUCAGCCUUCAUCUAUAUCCUUUGCAUCAGGAAGACUGAACGGGCCUCUCGGGGUAUGCUAGGAAAUCCGAUUCUAGGAUGGAGGUCUCGCCCAUCCCAGAAAGAAAGUGAAGACUCCAUUGUGUAUGUGAACAAUGCUUUGCUUCAAGGCUUUCCCCAGCUUCCACAGGACCAGGGCUCUUCCUCUAUCUCCCCUGAUGCCCCAUCUGAGAAUGUCUACCAGGCUCUGAAUGUCACCGAAAUAGAUGUUUAUGAUAAGAUCACAUCCUGGAAGAAACCUCAAGCCCACGGAAAAGGGAAAAUCACGAAAUCCUAGAAUGUGGAGCUAGAAGAAAUCUCAGAGGCCCCUGAGUCCAACCCCUUUGUUUUACAGAUGAGGAACCCAAGGCCCACAGAACAUGUCUUGGGCAGGAUUCGAAUCCAGAUCUUCCUUACUCCAGAUCCAGUGCCCUAUCUUCUGUAACAUAUUGCCUCUCACUGGUCCCUAGAAAUGCUUUCACGGUCUAACCAGUUCCCAUCAUUAAGGUGGGGAUCACGGGCAGCUUUCAGGGGAGAAAGCUGAGAGACCAGAGGCAAGGAGAAAUCCAUCAGGAGAAAGAGAGAGAGAAGAGCAAGGACUGAGGAGAGGAAAUGCUUCCAGACCGCUCAGACAGAGCAGAGAGAAAGGAAAGGGAUCAGGGGCUGCAUGUGCUUGAGCCAGAUAAAAGCCAAAUCACACUGUGGCUGGACUUUAGACAAGGGAUCCUUGCUCUGUGAAGCCAACAAGAUCAACACCUCUAUGUUUUCCUAUCUUCUUUCCUCUAAAAUGUCUAUACCCUCUGACCCCAAAACUCCGCUAUUAGUGAUCUACAUUCAGGAGAUCACAGAAAGAAGUUGCCACGUACACCAAAAUAUUCAUCUAAGCCAUUAUCUGUGGUCAUAAAAAACUGGGAACAGAUAGACCCUCAUUGAUCCCACAUAACUGUGGGAUGUGAAUAGAAUGAAAUAGUAUUGCCCCCAAAAGAAAUGAUGAAUACGAAAAGGGCAGAGAAACAUGAGAAUUACCUGAACUGGUACAGAGGAAGUAAGUAAUAUUUAGAGGGAGGAAUGGGGAGCCACACACAGUGACUGCACAGUGGCCAAGUCUGUGCCUGGGGAAAAGAUGAAAGAAUACAUCACCCUCCCUUCCUCAUAGAAGUGGGGAGCUAUGGGUGCUGAAUCCUGCAUGUAUUGUCAGACUCAAUCUGUUGGUUAGAUUUCUUGAAUCGCUUAUUUUUUUAUUCUUGUUAUUCUUUAUGCUAUUCUUACAAGCAUUGUAAGAAUGUAAUGGCUUAUUGUUUAUGGAAUGGGAAGAGAGAGAUAUUUGGAAAUGUUAGUGAUGUGAAAACAAAAUAUGUAAAUAAUUUGUUCAACACCUAUCUUUCCUCUGCCACUUCCUCCCCACCCCACCCCC